UUGAGAAUAACGAAGAUCUCUUCAGCGAGUAAGAAGAAGGAAGAAAGAUCAUCUUCGAAGAACAAGGAAGUGACAAAUGAAGAUCGCGAGGAAGUAGAGAAGAAGGAAAGAUCUUCACGGAAGAAGAAAGCAAAGCAAAAGAAGAAGAUCGAAUCGAGCGAGCAAGGUGGCGGCGGUGUCGAUGAAGAAAGAGGACGUUCUCCGCGACUACUACGACAUGUGUAACGGCACCUUCAAAUGCAUCGAGCGGCGGCGCUGCUCGGGCUGCAAGAAGCUGGCCAGCCUCUCGAGCCAGCACCUGUUUGGCGUCCCCCCCACCACCCCGGCCUCGCAGCUCAAGCCCGUCCACCUCAAGAACAUCGUCCAGGACCUCUACCGCCGCGCCCGCAACAACCAGAAGCUCCUCCAGGACAACAAGCUGCUCCUCCACCGCUGGUACGAGCAGCGCCUCCUCCUCGGCAGCCUCUGCGUCGACGCCACCCGCCGCGGCAUCUCCGUGCUCACCGUCGUCGAGGCCGACGAUGGAACCACUUGCAUCCUCCACGUCUUCAACGCCAUCCAGCCUUCCUCCCGCCAGGAGGAGCUCCGCAAGAUGUUCCCGAAAGGGAUCAAGGUGGUGAUCACGCGUCCCUCCAUCGGCUGCCUCCACCCCAGCGUCACCCCGGUAGUUCUCUACGUCCAGAGCCCCGGGAACUUGGACUUCGUCGGCGUCGCCACCUCGCCGCCCGAGAAGCUCGUCGCCAUGCCACCCCAGGAGCUCCGCAAGGAAGGCAACGCUCUCUUCGCGCAGGGGAGCUACUUGGUGGCGAUCCAGUACUACAGUGACUGCGUCGCGGCCAGCCUCGGCAGGAAAGAUGGCGGGGAGGAGAUGAAGCUCGAGGCGGUGCUGGCCAUCUCCAACCGGGCAGAGGCGUGGCUCAAGCUGGGGAUGUACGAGAAGGCCAUCGCCGACUCCAACCGGGCCAUCGGGAUGGACGCCUUCCACGCCAAGAGCUUCUACCGGAAGGGCCGAGCGCUCAUGGCGAUCCAGGAGCACGUCGAGGCCCGCGUGAGCUUGAAGUCGGCCGCGAAGUACUCGUCCGACGGUGAUGCCAAGAAGGAGAUCCUGGAAGCGCUGGCCAAGUGCAAGGUGUUCCUCCAGCAGAGCCAGAAGGGAGUGUACGACGUUGGCGACUACGUCUCGAGCGGCUGCAACGCCGAGCACGCUCCAAAAUGCAGUGACUACGUCGGCCCCGUGGAAGUCCGGCUGACGAGGGACGGUCGCGGUCGGGGCCUGUUUGUGACGAAGAAGGUCCGGCUGGGUGAGCUCCUGCUGGUGAGCAACAACAUCAGCUUCGCGAGCUGUGUCAAGGAGGAGGCCGGGGCCGCCGAGUCGGAGCUGCUGGUCGGGGCGCUCAAGGCGUGCCGCUCGUCGCAGAAGAUCAUCCACCAACUUUACGCCAUCGACGAUGCGGCCUCAGUGCCGAGCAUGAAGAUCUUCCGGCCAAACCUCGGCUACGAAGGAGCAAUGCCGCCGGAAGAAGCUCCGCCGCUGGACGUGGCCAGGAUCCAGGGGGCCGUCAAGGCGGCCUACUUCCCUUGGACGAUGCUGGGACAGUCCGAGUGUAGCAAGUCGCGGGUGUGGGGACUGCCGGCGUUCGUCAAUCACUCGUGUCUUCCAAACGUUUCCAAGCUCGAGGUUGGCAAGGCCACCAUGUUUCACGCGGCCAGGGACUUGCACGCCGGCGACGAGCUGCUCAUCUCGUACGUGGAUCCAUACGCUCCGUGGAGCACCGAGCGGAGGAAGGCGCUGGUGGAGGACUGGGGGUUCGAGUGCCACUGCCGGAGGUGCUGCUUGGAGCGGAGCAACAAGGAACUGUUGCGAGAUUUGCUGCCGCUGGACGACUCGCUCAAGUAUGACAGCAUAGAGAAGUGUACGCAGCUGCUGGCCAGCGUCGAGGAGCGGCUGGGACGAGUCGCCGGGAUGUCCAAGGAUGACAAAGACUUGAUCCGGGUCACACUCUUCGACUUCUACGGGCCCCUGUCCGUGAGCGGGAAGAAGUCGGCUGAUGCUUCCGGCGGCCAUGAGGCUCUCAAGCUCAUCACCCCGGACAGGCUCUUCCGGCUGCUGCAUUCCACCGCUCCCGGCCACCCCAAGACGCUGGUGUUCAUGUCGUAUCUUGCGAGGUUCCGGGAGAGCCCCUCGGACGUCUGCCACUUUCUUAUGGACGAGUUCACGGCGGCGUAUGGAUCGCAGUGCGCCUGCCUGGCCUGGAAGGUUCUUCAGUCGUACUUUGAGGCCGCGCUGGAGAACUUUAUGGAGGUUGGAGGACUUGUCGAGUACCGCGUUUGCAAGUGCUGGUUCGCCGAAGACAAAGGCUUUCGGGUGGAAUGCCUCAUGUGACAGACAACAGCUCUUCUAGUUGUCUUUUUGCUUUGUCCUGUGUUGCUUUGGUUCUUGUUUUUUAGUUUUCGUUUUGCUGCGUCUUGCUUGGAGCUCAUCUUUCUUGUAGCUGAGAACUCCAAGCUCGUUUUUUGUAUUCUUCUCAUCUCUCGCGUGUUCAUGUUUUUAGCGCUAGGAAACCACCUCUCUAUCACCUGUUUUGAAAGGAACGUUUAUCAAAGUUUUAAAGAGAGCCAGAAACACGCACCA